CGAAAGGUGAUUGUGUCCCGGUAAUGUGUGAACCGCCUCCCAUCAAGUUCAUAGGGCUCUAUCAAUGCACACAUGGAUUCCAGUACAACAGUGAAUGUAGACUCCCCUGUGAAGAAAGCAGCACCCAGUUGGACCCUGCUCACAAUGUCAUACGCUGCCAAAAGGAUGGAAGUUGGAGUGGCAGUUUUCACCUUUGUGACUCCAUCAAGGGUCCUUGUGAACUUCCACAUCUUUCCAUCACGGACGCCUUAAUAAUUAACUGUGGACAAGGAUAUGAAAUAGGAGCUGAAUGCAAUGUCACCUGUUUGGAUGAUGAAAAAAAGGAGGUGGUAAUAAUGCCAUACAAUGUCACAGAAAGGUAUCUGGAGCACUGGAUGAAUCCAACCAGAGUUCAGAGAAUCAUUUGCACAGGAAGACGUCAGUGGUAUCCUCCUCCAGAGGAGCUUGUUUGUAUUAAGAGGUGCGAGCCUUUUAUUGCUGAUAAUUAUUGUGAUGGUGGAAACAACUGGGCUUUCUGCGACUACGAC